AUGGCUAUCUUUCAUACGAUAUGGCUGCUGGCAGCAUGUUCUACUUUGGUAAUAGCAGGGCCGGUACCCCAGCAUUACAGGAAUCUACACUAUCCUCGGUUUGAAAACACUUCGUCGAGAGUUUCAUCAGUUCUUCAAGGAUUACCUGCAGAGAUCCCUUCUACCACUCAUCUCUUGUUCACCGCCUCGCCUUCGUUAUUGAUAUCAGCCUCUUCGAGUGCUCCCGUCAACGCGGAAACCCCCGAGAUUGUUAUCACUCCCAUAGAACGUAGCUUAUCCACAGUCAUCAUCCCCGCAGUAACUUUCAAGAACCCGGAUGGACAGCCACUUCAGACAAGAGAAGGGCAAACAGUUGUCCUCACAUAUUUCAUCCCAAACCCACCUACUGCAGCACCUCCAGAGGCGCCUUCGACUACAUCAUCCAUUCCGCCCGAAACAUCCACCAACGAGGCCCCUGUGACAUCGCGUGCCAAGUCAAGUCAGCAAUCCGACACUGCCUCUAGUGCUUCGACCAGCUCUCGGUCUGAUUCUGCGAAGCACACUGAGAGUGCUUUGAGUGUGACAAGCUACCAAGGCCCCCAAUUCACGUAUCAACCUAGCGGAAGCAGUCUUGGGGCCUCAUCAAGUCAAACGAUUGCUAAGCUCCCUUCUGCAACAACUCUUCUCAGCUUUGGUCCGUCUGAAAGCAGCUCGACCACUGGUGCCAGCAGGACCCUUUUGGAAGGCAUACCAAAUACCCUGUCAUUUACUGCAGUUCCAAGCGGAUCCGGUGCUGGAUCACCGGCGAGUCAGUCCUCAUCUUCUACAGGGGCUGUAAAUCCUCCCGAGCAACUAACAACAGCACCUUCUGCAAGCUCGGUGAUUUCGUCCAAAAUAGGCGCAGCAAGCAGCACCAUUGCCGAAUCCUCAAACGUGGCACAGUCAUCUAUAGUAUCUGGAUCUUCAAAUCUUACUGCCAAACCCAGCUUGGUCAUUGUCACUAAAACCGAAUUUACCACCGUCUUCCCUUCGACUACCGCUGCCAAUAACCCACCCUCAUCUCUCCAACCGUCUAAUUCGGAGACGAAUGCCGCAGCAGCAUCCUCCACCUUAGUACCUACACAGUCGUCUUCAUCAGCCGGACUCCCCACAACUCCGCUCCCCCUACCACCGGUAGUCACAGUGACGCGGUACACGACCGUCCCACCUUCUCCACCCACAUCCGCCGCAAGCCAAGCGCCCGCCAGCUCCAAAAAUACGCCAGCUUCCGGUCCUCCAGCAUCCUCCUCCGCGGUGUCAUCAGAGCCGCUGUCUUCGCAAGUCGCAGCCACAUCUUCGAACGCACCAGUCCCGCCACCCUCGUCGACACCAAUAGCACCACUACUGCCAGCGACAACCGUUCCCCCACCCUCGUCUUCCGCCCCACCUCCAGAACCCUCCACAUCUUCAACAUCUGAGAGCAAGCUGAUUGUCACUCCUAUUCCAGCGUCCCAGAUCUUCACCAUCACAGAAACAGUAACAGAGAAGGAAACCGUCACUGUGGGAUAUCCCCACUCAUACCUUGCUCUCAUAAAGUCCCUCGCCCAUCGUACUAUCAGCACGGCUAGUCCUGCGAAAUAUUCAAUUGUUGCUAUUCAAGAUAUCCGGGGAACGACGGUGGAGGCGCACUUGGCCAUUAAAGGCAUCGGUCAGACUCUGUGGAUAUACCAAGAGAGGGCACAGCCAUUACGAGCACUCCAAAGAGCAUGUGUCAUACUUGAGUUCCAUUGCCAUUGUCAGGUCAGAUUUUGGUCAUUCUCUACAGGUAUUCCAUAG